GGCCACCGAAGCCAUCAACACGGCCAACAUCGCGCUCCAAGACCGAGCCGAUGCCCUCGAGGAUUUGCACAAGAAGGCUGAAGGAGCCGGAAACCGUCUGGCCGAGCUCGUGGACGAAGCUAACCGCCUCGUACGCGACCCAGAAGCCCUUCCAAGCAGCUAUGAGCCGACGGCCGCCGAAAUGCGUGAACAACUUUCCGUUGCUCGUAACCUGCUCGCCAGCGCCCCAGCCCAAGAUGAGCAUACCGCCUCGUUGGCAACAACCAUCGAUGCGGCCGAAGCCCUUCUUCCAGUACUCGACGACCGAAACACUUACUGGAAUGAAUUCGUGGCUGCUCGCGACAACGCUGAUCAGCUUCUCGAGAACAUCGGAGCCCAUCUUGAUGCCCUCCAAGCCAAGCAGCCCGAACAUCUCGCUGCUGCCAAGGCCGAUCUGGAAGAAGCAAAACGUUUGAAGGAUCAAGAUGUGGAACGGCUAAAGGAAGCUGCCCGAGAGCUGCAGCGACUCUCCGAGCUACUCGACCCGCUCGAGAGCGCCUACGCCGAUGUGCGAUUCUUGGAUGCUGACAUCGAUCAGAAGGUCGCCCACAUCGACGACUACCUGGCCGAGCUCCACGCCGAGAUCGAAGAUGAACAGGUGUGCGCCGAUUCCACCAAGCAAUUGGACGACGAACUAAACCGUCUUCUUGCGGAUAUCCCGCAAGUCAACGAUGUGAACAGCUUGAACGCCCUUGCCGAACAAGAACUUCCGGCACUGAAGGCUCAGCUCGACUUGCUGAAGGACAAAAUGGCCAAGGCCAACGACACACGUCACCGUGUCCUCGCCGAUUCCCCCGUUUAUCCCCUCGAGGAGAAGUUGAAUGCCGUCGAAGCGGCGCUCGAUAAGGCCAAGCAGAAUGCCAACGAAGCUGACAACGAGCGAUUGCUGCUGGUUCUCAACCUGCAGCUGGAGCAAGUCGAACAGCUCCCACUCGACAAUGUGUCUGUUGAACAGCUGGACGCUAUCGAGAAGCAGCUCGAGUCUCUGAAGCCUGCUGGCGCCGACCAAGUACCACCACAAGUCCAGGCUCAGCUCGACAAGAUCGCAGAGCUGAAGGCCCGCAAGGACAAGCACGACGCCGAUGUGGCCCACCUUGGAGCCGCUCUUGACGACAUUCGCAAGAAUCUCGACGAAGCCGACAAGCUCGCCCAUCCCAAGAAGAAGGGAAAGAAGGGCAAGGAACAAUCUGUCCCGCCGACCACCGAUGCGCUCAAGGAAGUGGUGGCCAAGCUGGAGAACGAGGUGCUACCAGCCCUCGCCCAAGUCAACAAUCAAGCCGCCUCCACCCCUGGAGUCGAGCCCCAGCUUCAGGCUGCCAACGAGCUUCAAGCCAAGGCUCAAGAGCUGCUGGCCGAUGCCCAGAAACAACUGGACGACCAGAUGGCCGCCGAUGAGAAGGCAGCUCGAGUCGAAGCCAAGCUUCUCGAGAUCAAGGUGACCCCAGAUACCAUGGUCGCUUUGCAACGCGCCGACGAGCCACCGCAGGACGAUCAAGACGAACUGCAGAAGCGCGAACAGGCUGCCGAUUCGGAUAUUGGUCAGCUGGAGGCGAAGCUGCUCGAGAUCAACCAACUUCUCGCCAGCGACGACCUCAGCCCCGAGCAACGCAAGGAGCUCGAGAAGACCAAGGCCGACACCGAGAGCUACCUGGACAAGUUGCGCAGAUUGAAGGAUGCGCUCCUCGACAAACUGGCCAAUCUCACCAAGUACGGUCAGGAGAAGCAGAAGCUUGACUCGGCUGCCGAGCCUGUUGAAGUGGCGCUGAACACCAUCUUUGACAAGUAUGCCAACCAGGCUCCUCAGCCAUUCGUCGUCGGAAAGGACGACUUGAGCCGAGCCGACGAGGUGAAGUCACAGCUGGCUGAUUUGGCACGAUCCGUGGCUGCCGCCAAGGAGUGGUUGCACGACAAUCUGCCAUCUCGCGAAGCCGACCUUGACGCCCAGCUGGAUGAUCUCAAGUGGAAACAAGAGAACCUGAACAGCCUCGUCGACGAAUUGGCCAACGAAGUGCAAGCUGGCGAUGCCAUCCGAGCUGACUAUGAUCAACUGCUGCCCCUUGUCGCCGAUAUUGAGAACCGGGCGAUGGCAGCUCGUCAGACCGGAGAUCUGUCCGAUCCGGCUGCGCUGAAUGCUCUGAAGAGCGAACUCGAGCCACUCAUCGCUCGUGUUGCCGAAUUGAAGAGGAAGCAGGCCGAAAAGCCAUCUCGCCUCACCGGACAACCAGAAGGCGUCGAUGCCGAUGGGCUGACUGAUCGACUCCGCAACGUUGACAAUCUGCUCAACGACGAGGAGAAGAACGUGCAGGCCAAGCUUGAGCUUGUCGCUCUUGCCAACGAUGUGGCCGCUCAAGCUCAGGCCAUCGAUCAGGUGCUUGCCCGUGCUCAAGAAGUCGAAGGAAACCCGAAUGCUUCUGUUGAUGAGCUCCGCAAGGCAGCCGAUCAACUCGAACAAGGCCGUCCUCUGCUUGAUGCUCUCAACAACGACUACGAGAAGAUCAAGGCUCUCGGAGAAGCGGAAACGCCUGAAGGCCAGAAACUGGCCGUUGCCACCCUCGAGCGUCUCGAAAAGGCCACCGAAGCCAUCAACACGGCCAACAUCGCGCUCCAAGACCGAGCCGAUGCCCUCGAGGAUUUGCACAAGAAGGCUGAAGGAGCCGGAAACCGUCUGGCCGAGCUCGUGGACGAAGCUAACCGCCUCGUACGCGACCCAGAAGCCCUUCCAAGCAGCUAUGAGCCGACGGCCGCCGAAAUGCGUGAACAACUUUCCGUUGCUCGUAACCUGCUCGCCAGCGCCCCAGCCCAAGAUGAGCAUACCGCCUCGUUGGCAACAACCAUCGAUGCGGCCGAAGCCCUUCUUCCAGUACUCGACGACCGAAACACUUACUGGAAUGAAUUCGUGGCUGCUCGCGACAACGCUGAUCAGCUUCUCGAGAACAUCGGAGCCCAUCUUGAUGCCCUCCAAGCCAAGCAGCCCGAACAUCUCGCUGCUGCCAAGGCCGAUCUGGAAGAAGCAAAACGUUUGAAGGAUCAAGAUGUGGAACGGCUAAAGGAAGCUGCCCGAGAGCUGCAGCGACUCUCCGAGCUACUCGACCCGCUCGAGAGCGCCUACGCCGAUGUGCGAUUCUUGGAUGCUGACAUCGAUCAGAAGGUCGCCCACAUCGACGACUACCUGGCCGAGCUCCACGCCGAGAUCGAAGAUGAACAGGUGUGCGCCGAUUCCACCAAGCAAUUGGACGACGAACUAAACCGUCUUCUUGCGGAUAUCCCGCAAGUCAACGAUGUGAACAGCUUGAACGCCCUUGCCGAACAAGAACUUCCGGCACUGAAGGCUCAGCUCGACUUGCUGAAGGACAAAAUGGCCAAGGCCAACGACACACGUCACCGUGUCCUCGCCGAUUCCCCCGUUUAUCCCCUCGAGGAGAAGUUGAAUGCCGUCGAAGCGGCGCUCGAUAAGGCCAAGCAGAAUGCCAACGAAGCUGACAACGAGCGAUUGCUGCUGGUUCUCAACCUGCAGCUGGAGCAAGUCGAACAGCUCCCACUCGACAAUGUGUCUGUUGAACAGCUGGACGCUAUCGAGAAGCAGCUCGAGUCUCUGAAGCCUGCUGGCGCCGACCAAGUACCACCACAAGUCCAGGCUCAGCUCGACAAGAUCGCAGAGCUGAAGGCCCGCAAGGACAAGCACGACGCCGAUGUGGCCCACCUUGGAGCCGCUCUUGACGACAUUCGCAAGAAUCUCGACGAAGCCGACAAGCUCGCCCAUCCCAAGAAGAAGGGAAAGAAGGGCAAGGAACAAUCUGUCCCGCCGACCACCGAUGCGCUCAAGGAAGUGGUGGCCAAGCUGGAGAACGAGGUGCUACCAGCCCUCGCCCAAGUCAACAAUCAAGCCGCCUCCACCCCUGGAGUCGAGCCCCAGCUUCAGGCUGCCAACGAGCUUCAAGCCAAGGCUCAAGAGCUGCUGGCCGAUGCCCAGAAACAACUGGACGACCAGAUGGCCGCCGAUGAGAAGGCAGCUCGAGUCGAAGCCAAGCUUCUCGAGAUCAAGGUGACCCCAGAUACCAUGGUCGCUUUGCAACGCGCCGACGAGCCACCGCAGGACGAUCAAGACGAACUGCAGAAGCGCGAACAGGCUGCCGAUUCGGAUAUUGGUCAGCUGGAGGCGAAGCUGCUCGAGAUCAACCAACUUCUCGCCAGCGACGACCUCAGCCCCGAGCAACGCAAGGAGCUCGAGAAGACCAAGGCCGACACCGAGAGCUACCUGGACAAGUUGCGCAGAUUGAAGGAUGCGCUCCUCGACAAACUGGCCAAUCUCACCAAGUACGGUCAGGAGAAGCAGAAGCUUGACUCGGCUGCCGAGCCUGUUGAAGUGGCGCUGAACACCAUCUUUGACAAGUAUGCCAACCAGGCUCCUCAGCCAUUCGUCGUCGGAAAGGACGACUUGAGCCGAGCCGACGAGGUGAAGUCACAGCUGGCUGAUUUGGCACGAUCCGUGGCUGCCGCCAAGGAGUGGUUGCACGACAAUCUGCCAUCUCGCGAAGCCGACCUUGACGCCCAGCUGGAUGAUCUCAAGUGGAAACAAGAGAACCUGAACAGCCUCGUCGACGAAUUGGCCAACGAAGUGCAAGCUGGCGAUGCCAUCCGAGCUGACUAUGAUCAACUGCUGCCCCUUGUCGCCGAUAUUGAGAACCGGGCGAUGGCAGCUCGUCAGACCGGAGAUCUGUCCGAUCCGGCUGCGCUGAAUGCUCUGAAGAGCGAACUCGAGCCACUCAUCGCUCGUGUUGCCGAAUUGAAGAGGAAGCAGGCCGAAAAGCCAUCUCGCCUCACCGGACAACCAGAAGGCGUCGAUGCCGAUGGGCUGACUGAUCGACUCCGCAACGUUGACAAUCUGCUCAACGACGAGGAGAAGAACGUGCAGGCCAAGCUUGAGCUUGUCGCUCUUGCCAACGAUGUGGCCGCUCAAGCUCAGGCCAUCGAUCAGGUGCUUGCCCGUGCUCAAGAAGUCGAAGGAAACCCGAAUGCUUCUGUUGAUGAGCUCCGCAAGGCAGCCGAUCAACUCGAACAAGGCCGUCCUCUGCUUGAUGCUCUCAACAACGACUACGAGAAGAUCAAGGCUCUCGGAGAAGCGGAAACGCCUGAAGGCCAGAAACUGGCCGUUGCCACCCUCGAGCGUCUCGAAAAGGCCACCGAAGCCAUCAACACGGCCAACAUCGCGCUCCAAGACCGAGCCGAUGCCCUCGAGGAUUUGCACAAGAAGGCUGAAGGAGCCGGAAACCGUCUGGCCGAGCUCGUGGACGAAGCUAACCGCCUCGUACGCGACCCAGAAGCCCUUCCAAGCAGCUAUGAGCCGACGGCCGCCGAAAUGCGUGAACAACUUUCCGUUGCUCGUAACCUGCUCGCCAGCGCCCCAGCCCAAGAUGAGCAUACCGCCUCGUUGGCAACAACCAUCGAUGCGGCCGAAGCCCUUCUUCCAGUACUCGACGACCGAAACACUUACUGGAAUGAAUUCGUGGCUGCUCGCGACAGAACGCUUUCGAUCAGCUUUUCGAGAACAUCGGAGCCCAUCUUUGAUGCCUUCCAAGCCAAGCAGCCUGAACAUCUUUCUGCUGCCAAGGCCGAUCUGGAAGAAGCAAAACGCGUU